GCGGCGCGCGUGGUGCUGUGCGGCGGCGGCAAGAUGGCGGCGCACGGGGGCUCUGCGGCCUCCGCGGCGCUGAAGGGGUUAAUCCAGCAGUUCACCGCCAUCACGGGUGCCAGUGAAAGCGUGGGAAAGCACAUGCUUGAAGCAUGCAACAAUAAUCUGGAGAUGGCUGUCACCAUGUUUCUGGAUGGUGGAGGCAUAGCAGAGGAGCCUAGCACCAGUUCUGCAGGGGUGUCUGCUGUUCGACCACAUGCUGAGGAUGAAGUACGAGCUCCAAUUCCUCAAAAACAGGAAAUUUUAGUAGAGCCUGAGCCCUUGUUUGGAGCCCCUAAAAGACGCAGACCUGCGCGCUCAAUAUUUGAUGGCUUUCGAGAUUUCCAGACAGAAACCAUUCGGCAGGAACAGGAGCUACGAAACGGAGGAGCAGUAGAUAAGAAACUCACUACCCUAGCAGACCUCUUCAGGCCUCCCAUUGACCUGAUGCACAAAGGCAGCUUUGAAACGGCCAAGGAGUGUGGUCAGAUGCAGAACAAGUGGCUCAUGAUAAACAUUCAGAACGUGCAAGAUUUCGCCUGUCAGUGUCUGAACCGGGAUGUCUGGAGCAAUGAGGCUGUGAAGAACAUAAUAAGGGAACAUUUCAUUUUCUGGCAGGUAUACCAUGACAGUGAGGAAGGUCAGAGGUAUAUACAGUUCUAUAAAUUAGCAGACUUCCCUUAUGUCUCCAUCCUGGAUCCCAGGACAGGCCAGAAACUAGUGGAGUGGCACCAGCUGGAUGUGACUUCCUUCUUAGACCAAGUGACUGGGUUCCUGAGUGAGCAUGGACAGCUGGAUGGUCAUUCUACCAGCCCUCCCCAGAAAUGCUCUCGUUCAGAGAGCCUGAUUGAUGCCAGCGAGGACAGCCAGCUGGAAGCUGCUAUCAGAGCCUCCUUACAGGAGACGCACUUUGAUUCCUCGCAGGCCAAGCAGGAGAGCCGGUCGGACGAGGAGUCCGAGUCGGAGCUGUUCUCCGGGAGCGAGGAGUUCAUCUCGGUUUGUGGGUCAGAGGAGGAGGAAGAAUCAGAGAAUCCUGCCAAGCUGAGGAAGUCUCCACACAAAGACUUGGGGCAUAAGAAAGAGGAGAGCCGGAGGCCUCAGCCUGAGCCCCCUGCAAGGACUGACCCCGGGACAACAUCAAAUCACAGAGCACUGCCCUGCAUUGACGCAGGGGCACUGGAGGAGUCAGCUGAGAAGCCUGAAAGUACGUUUCAAGGCCUGGAUGUGAAUGGACCAAAGGCACAGCUGAUGCUAAGGUAUCCGGAUGGAAAGAGGGAACAAAUUUCACUGCCUGAACAAGCUAAACUUCUGGCUCUUGUGAAACAUGUCCAGUCAAAAGGAUACCCCAACGAACGCUUUGAACUUCUCACCAACUUCCCUCGAAGGAAACUCUCCCACCUGGACUAUGAGAUCACGUUACAGGAAGCAGGCCUGUGUCCUCAAGAGACUGUCUUUGUGCAGGAAAGGAAUUAGCACUGUGGGCUGAGUUCUCCCAGCCUUCCUCCCCUUUCUUCUUUGCCUGGGACACCAACUCAUUAAAAAUGCAGUUGAGGGUCAUAGGAUUGCAGUACUGAAAUCAGGCAGGCAGCUAGCCCUUCUCUCUCUCUUCUUCCCUUCUGCUCUAGUGACCAAAUGAGAGUGUUCAGAGUUCUAUUUUCUUCCUCAGCUUGGGCUCUGGAAUUCCCUGGAGCACUGCUGUUGCAUGGUGCUCCUACAGAGCACUGGGAAGAACAUCUUUCCUUUGUUUUCUUGGCAUAAAGUCACACAGUGAUCUGUGCACCCAGUAUGCUGGGGCUUGGAGUGGCCAUAAUACACAUACCCUUCUCACUGCUCUUCUGAAAUCUGGUUUCUUUAAUUUAUUUUUAAAUACUGUGUGAUAAGGCACUGAGUCAUCUCUCUGUAAGGGGAGAACAGAAUCUUCAGUACAGUCUUUCUGGUGUUUUGAUUCUCUACAUGAAAGGUCUCCAUUAACUUUAACAACCUCCUUCUACUUUAAAAUCUUCUGGAUGGCAUGCAUGCUUUUGUCCUGGUGAAAUGCUGCCAGUGGGCAUAGUGAAAAACCCAACC